UGUGUGGGGGAGAUCCAGCGGAGAUCCAGCCCUGCCUUUCUUUCCCAAGAUAGCCAGCGCAGGGCUGGUACUGCUGUCGAUGCGUUGAUGGCAGCCGUGCAGCCUGAGACCAGCACUUAACUUGCAUCUGCCUCCCGAGCCGGUUUCCGAGAUGUCCACGCCCCGGGUGACAGGCAGCCCGGCGCUGCCCUGCGCUCCGGCGGCGGUGCUCCACGGCAGCGUGCAGUGAACGCCUGGCUUGCCGCUGAGGAACAGCCUGAUGUAACGGCACAGCCAGCAAGAUGAACGGAGCUUUGGAUCACUCAGACCAACCAGACCCAGAUGCCAUUAAGAUGUUUGUCGGACAGAUCCCCCGGUCAUGGUCGGAGAAGGAGCUGAAAGAACUUUUUGAGCCUUAUGGAGCCGUCUACCAGAUCAACGUCCUGCGGGACCGGAGUCAGAACCCUCCCCAGAGUAAAGGUUGUUGUUUCGUAACAUUUUAUACAAGAAAAGCUGCACUUGAAGCCCAGAAUGCACUGCACAAUAUUAAAACUUUACCUGGGAUGCAUCAUCCCAUUCAAAUGAAACCUGCAGAUAGUGAGAAGUCAAACGCUGUGGAAGACAGAAAAUUGUUCAUAGGCAUGGUUUCGAAGAAAUGUAAUGAGAAUGAUAUCAGAGUGAUGUUUUCUCCGUUUGGCCAGAUAGAAGAAUGCCGGAUUCUCCGGGGACCUGACGGGCUGAGCCGAGGCUGUGCGUUUGUCACAUUUUCUACAAGGGCAAUGGCACAGAAUGCAAUCAAAGCCAUGCAUCAGUCUCAGACCAUGGAGGGCUGCUCUUCACCUAUCGUGGUGAAGUUUGCCGAUACUCAGAAGGACAAAGAGCAAAGGCGCCUCCAACAGCAGCUUGCACAGCAGAUGCAGCAGCUCAACACUGCCACCUGGGGGAACCUGACGGGGCUGGGUGGACUCACCCCGCAGUACCUGGCGCUUCUGCAGCAGGCCACCUCCUCCAGCAACCUGGGUGCAUUCAGUGGCAUUCAGCAAAUGGCUGGCAUGAAUGCUUUACAGUUACAGAAUCUGGCAACACUGGCUGCUGCUGCCGCUGCCGCCCAGACCUCCGCCACCAGCACCAAUGCAAACCCUCUCUCCACCACGAGCAGCGCCCUGGGAGCCCUCACGAGUCCCGUGGCUGCUUCAACCCCCAACUCCACUGCUGGUGCAGCCAUGAAUUCCUUGACCUCUCUUGGGACUUUGCAAGGACUGGCUGGAGCCACUGUUGGACUGAAUAAUAUUAAUGCACUAGCAGGUACCAUAAACAUUGCUCAAAUGCUCUCAGGUAUGGCGGCUCUGAAUGGAGGACUUGGCGCCACAGGCUUGACGAAUGGCACAGCUGGCACCAUGGACGCCCUCACCCAGGCCUACUCAGGAAUUCAGCAGUACGCAGCGGCUGCGCUGCCCACUCUGUACAGCCAGAGCCUGCUGCAACAGCAGAGCGCUGCAGGCAGCCAAAAGGAAGGUCCAGAGGGGGCAAACCUCUUUAUUUACCACCUUCCACAGGAGUUUGGAGACCAGGACAUUCUGCAGAUGUUCAUGCCUUUUGGAAAUGUUAUUUCUGCUAAAGUCUUCAUUGACAAACAGACCAAUCUGAGCAAGUGCUUUGGUUUUGUUAGCUAUGACAAUCCAGUCUCUGCACAAGCUGCAAUCCAAGCUAUGAAUGGUUUUCAGAUCGGCAUGAAACGCUUGAAGGUGCAGCUGAAGCGCUCCAAAAAUGACAGCAAACCUUACUGAUCCUAACCCCAGCGGCUCCCUGCUCUUAUUUUAGCUUUCUUAGGACAUCUUCAUGCCCGUUAGUUCAUCGUUUGCCUAGCAUGUCCCUGUGGCGUCUCAAAAAAAAACAGUUUCAUCGUCCCGUCAUUGUUUCUGAUGUCUUUCUGACCUCACAUCAUAUUUGGUUCUCCUACUGACCUUUGAUCUAGUUUGACCUUUGAAAUUUGCAUGUGACCUCAUCUAGCUAUGAAUUCUGGGAAGUCAAUGUGAAAAACAUUGCUGCAUUCAUGCAAGACUGAAAUUAGACAAAUUAAUUAUAGGAAAAAAACCUGUGGCAAAAGUGUUUCUUUCUUUUUUUUUUUUUUUCUUUUCACAAAACAGACUUGAAAGUAUUAUACAGGGAUUGGCAUUCUUCCCGGUCACUGGUAACAAUAGCAAUAUGUGUCCAGGGACACAGAAUGUGGGUUUCUAACAGACUACUUCCAAAAACAGUUUGAGAAAAAAACUGUCUGACUUUAAGUCUCCAGAGGUCUGUAGUUUUUACAUUUUUCAGGCAGUGUAAAGUUUUUGAUAAGGCCAUUUUAGGUGGCCCACUUUCUCAUUGAGAUAUAUAUAUAGAACCACUUUUUGUAGAUUAGUAUAAGGAAAAUAUUUACCCUGUUUUGGGGCAAAUGCUACCUAUUUGUGUCACCUUUUGCUGAACUGACUCACAGUUAGACAAUCCAUGGUUUAAUGCACAUGAAAUUACCUAUAUUUUAUACUGUUUCAAUGUACAGGAGAAAGGUUACUGUAACUGUGUCACGUUGGUGCUUCUGUGAAUUAAGUUGUGGUUUCAUCACGAGUCUUACGGUCUUAAUGUUCUCUGUUGAUAAGACAAGCUUAGAAUUGGUUUACUUAAAACAAAAAAGAACUUCAAAAAAAGUUGUUUGCUUAAAAAAAAUUUCAUGUGAGGAAAAAAAAACCUAUUCCAGAAUAAGUUUUGUGUUGGCUUGUGAAGCAUUGAUGUCAUUUUUUUCUUUUAUUGUGGACUAUUUAGACGUGUUUGUGUUCAGCAAAAUGUGAUUUUUUUUUCUUUUAAAGAAAAAAAGUGAAAAUAUAUAGUGCCAAAUUCCAAAGGUACUUCCUUCCUAGAGCUUCAGUGUGUUUCUUGUGAGAAGUAAUUUGAUAACAUGGGUAUUUUAUUAUGUGUUUUGUAUAAAUCCCUAAUAUUUAAAAAAAAAAAGGCUAAAAAGUUUGUUAACUUGCUAUCCUGUGGUCUUGUUGCCUGAAAUUGUUAUUGUUUGUUAUUUCUCUAUGAUGUUUUGUAAGACAUUGUAUAAGUGCCCAUGUCUCACUUUUUUAACCACUCUGCCCAUCAAUGCUGUGAAGCGACCUCACGAUGUACUCUUCAUACAUAUGGAAACCUCUACGGUGAGAAAGUUUUGAACUUCUAACCCUUUCUACCCAGAGCUGUCUGGGAUGUUGGUAACUUUUUAUACUGUCAUCAUUUGAAUUUGUUUUGAAGUAUUUCUAAUUUGGAUUUUUUUCUUGUAUCUUCCGAGUUAUUUUAUUUUUACCACUUUUUUAUCCUUUGAGAUCCAAAUUGAAGGGAGAAAAACAAUUUGUUACCUACCUAUAAUAUCUUUUCUUCUAUUUAGAUUAUUCUUGAUCUUUUUUUUUUUUUAAGAAUCCCUAAUGUCUUGUGUUCCUUCAGUUUAAAUAAAUGUGUAUUGGGUAAAUCCUCUGAGGGGGAAAGUAGGUAGAUUCAGCCUCUAAGUAAACCUUUAAAAAUGCCACAUGCUUUCUGAGAUCAGAUUAGUGAUAUGCACUAGUCUAAAUAUUUUCAGAUACCUUGCAAUUAAAGGAUUUGGGGGUAGGGUUGUCUCUUGAGGGACUGCUUUUGUUUCUUAAGUACAGAACUCCUGAGAUGUUCCAUCAGCCCUAGAGCUGGGGAUUCUCUGACCCCAGGAGAUACCUCCUGUGUAUGCAAGGUAUCCAGAAAGAGAAGCCUAUUGUCCUUUCUCUCCUGUUUUGUAUUGUUUUUCAGCUCAACAUAUUUAAAGGGGACUGGCCAUAUAAGCAGAGCUCUGUUCUUUACCACAGUCACUGACCAAACACCUAGCACCAACUCCUGCUGCCACUUUGUUAAGUGCCAUAUUACUUGGACUUUCUGUGAACAAAAACCCUAACGUUAUAUCCACAGCCCCAAUCCAAAACUCCAACCUUCCUGAAAUCAGGCCCUGGAAGCUUCUUGGUCUCAGCUCCCUCUUCCUCCUUAUCCACUCCAUUUGUGUGUGUGUGUGUGUGUGUGUGUGUGUGUGUGUGUAUGCACGCAUGUGUGGAUAUGUGGAUAUGAUAGCCCUGGGAUGGAAAGGACUAGCCUCUAAUGAUGCAAAAAAAAAAGUUUCCUUCUUAUAGCACAUGCACUUCUAAUUAAAUGAUUUGUAUGAUCCUCACACGUGUUUACUACUGCCGGGGCCUUCCUUCAUCCUUUGAGGGCUAUUUUGUACUUCCUGCAGCACUCAACUUAAUAAAAGUUAAUGCACAUGUCUCUCUCAUGUAUCCAUUAUAUGAUGGUGUAUAGAUACACACAUAGAAACACAACAGGACACCACUUGAAUUUCCCAAACCAUUUCAUUCAGAAUCUAUUCAUUUAUCUAAAAAAAUUUUUUUCUGGUUUUUUCACUGAAGCAAACUGCCCUGCUUUUCUCUUACCUACUUGCAUUUUCCCCAGAGAAAAACAGUGCAGCUGAAAGGAGGCUCAAAGUGUGCACUCUGAGUUGAGUGUUAAUGAUUUUGCAGGCAACCAAGACAGUCCAUUUAGGGGGAAAGUCCUUUUCCUCUUCUUUUUUUUUUUUUGCAUGUUUCAUUGCUUAAAAAAAUAACCCUCCCCCAACACAAACUGUCCUUUCAUCUUUUAAUAUCAAAAGAACACUGCAAGGGUGCAGAGGGCCUGUGUCAAGAGGCAGAGCACAUAGGAAGACUGCUUUUUCAAAACCCAGAGUGGAGAACAGUCAUAUUAAACUAAAUUAGAGAAAUGCGAUAAAAUGGCAGUCCUCAAAGGCGUAACAAGUUCAUCUUUCUUUCACCAUAGGGGUUAUAGUUCUUUCGCUUGUGCUACUCUGGAAUCAUUUACUGUUUCUGUUUUUAUUAUCUUAAGUGCUAAUUAAAAGAAGAAAUAAAAUUUUAAAAAAAUCUGUAGUUUCAUUACCUUUUUGAAUAAUGUCACACAAAAAAAUGUAUUUGUGUUUUUGUGCUGUGAGAAUUGUUGUUUGUAGAUUAAUAAUAUCAUUUUGUUUAAUACUACAAAAUAGUUUUUAAAUAUUGUCUGAGAAAAGCCAAAGUUAAUGCAACCUAGUGGAAACUGUAAGACCAUUUAAGUAUUGUUUGUUUUAUUGAUGCAUUUGGAUUUUGUUGUUUGAUGGAAUUUGAGCCAAAAAAAAAAACAAAACAACAACAGCAACAACGCAGGCUUUCCUAUUUCUACAACUGAUUGUACUUAUGCAUUUUGUACCAGUGGAACUUUUUAUACUGGAGAUUAAAAAAAUGGAAAUUUCUGUGGCUUUCUCACGUGGGCCCCCUGAGGGUGACUGACUUCAAGUUUGAUUUCUGGUUGAUCGAAAGAAAGCUGCUCUUCUUUUGAGAAUUAAAAACUUUGGCUUGAUUUCUUUUUUCCUUUGCUUAUAUCUAGCAUUAGAAUUUUGUCUUAAAAUACAGCGGUAAGUUUCACUUUUUAUUCUGUAUUGUGCAGUUACACAAUAAGGUAAUUAGAUUUAGAAGUACUCAGUCACUUUAAGUGGAUAAAUGUAUUAGUUAAGCUUUAGGGGUUUGCUUUUUUGCUGUUUAGAUCAAAGUUUUUUCUGAAUCUUCUGUCCUCAUUGUGAACAUAACCGUGUAGCUGAAACAGUCGAACUUAUUUUUGUAAUGUAUGUUACUGUGUGAUGCGGUUUUUUGCUUCUGUCUCCAAUAUUAAACCAUUUUCCUAAUACUUGUUUCUCUCUCUGCGUGUUGUAUUGUUGGUAGUCAUUAUAUGUUGGUGAUGCAUCUACACACCUCACUGUUUCACGUAUGUUUCUUUCUAUAUGUUGUGUAAAAAAGAUACAGUCGAUUCCAGCUAAGUGAAUAUCUGAUUUGAGGAAAGGGAAAACUGCACACCAGCCACCUUUGAAUUUUGUCCAACAGCCCACUCUAACCACUGCUUCGGAGACUGAUAAACUUUUUUCUAUGGUUCACCUAAAUAACUGCUUAGCGAGCUGGAUUUGCCAAGGCAAUUUAUGAUACUUUGACCGCACAGGAUCAUCUCACCUCCUCUCUGACCUCUCCCUUCCCUUGUCCCUCUCUCAUGAAUGAAUACGAAUUUAUAUAUACAUAUAUAUGGGUGUGUGUGUGUGUGUGUGUGUGUGUAUAUUUGACAUUCACUGAAAUCUGCUGCUGCAUAACCAUAGAAGAGAAACAGCAGACCUGCGUUUGUUCUGUCUACUCCCAGGUCCAAAGGCACACACCCUAACAAUCAAGCUCAUUUUAGAAACUGGUGACCUUUUCAAAAGGGGUGAACUCUCAAGGGAAGAAAAAAUAAACUGGUGAACAGAGAUGUGUAAAGGGUUAAACUUAGAUCUACAUGUUGCCAUCAGUUAAUGGGACGUAUAGAAAAGUAAUUUAUUCUCGAGGUAACUACACCCAAAGUUAACAUUAACGAUUAAAACACAAAAGAAAAAUACUUCCAAGUGCUCAAAUGGAAGUUCUAUCAGUCUGGAGGGAGGGUGAAGCUUUUCCCACUAAGAUCCCCACAGUGUACUUUUUCCAAAGGAAAACUCGGAAGGCCACAUGCAUCCACACACCCUCCCGGAGGAACCCACAGCAGUAAGCCGUGUGCCCACUAUCGCCCAACACUAGCAAUCCGAAAGCGAGCUGUUCCUUAUACACCCUCUACAUCUUAAGCUACAAGCCCUCCUCCCUUUCGUGCUCAUCUUCUAUGCUCAGGAAUCUGACUGCUCUUAAAGUGCUCUUACAAGAUUCCAUCCUUGUUUGUUCCCUGUGUCUUCCUUCUCCUUUCGACUUCUCAGACGCACAAGCUCUGCCUGCCUCAGGCCAUCCAGCACCUGGUGCCAAUGAGCUUUCUCCCUGCAGGUGCUCAGGCUGUCCACCCUCUGGUUUCAAGGGCCCCAAGAUUGGGUUUUUUAGUUGGACCAACAGGAGAGGGGCCCGGUGAGGUGGAGGAGAGGCGGCUUUCUCCCAGAGGCCGGACACCUCGGUGGUAGUAACUUCCACCAGCUCCAAACCUGCACAGAUGGGAGCUGACUUCCUGCCAACACUUCUGCUUUAAAUCUCAUCAUAGCCUUCAUCACUUUGCCUCUGGAAAUCCACUGCUUAGAUGGCUAGAGAUGCGAUUUUUUUUCUUUCUUUUCUGGGGAAGAGGGGAGGUAUGAUGAGGGAGGGGAGAUUCAGGGAAAAGGGUAAGCAAAUUCUUGCCAAGACGCAAGUGUUUAUUUCUACACUAUAUAAGUAAAUGUAACCACCACUUGGCACAAGGCAAAAUACUCAUGCUAAAUAAAGGAAGGGAAAGACAAAGCCAGUUUUUGUUGUUUUGGAAAGAAGAACAAAAUAAUUCUCCGAAGAAGAGAAUGAAAUGCUAGUUUCUUUGAGCACUUAGGUGACUGUAAAGUUGGCCCCUGCUUAAACUUACAAGUUUGAUAUUGUAAAACGUCACUGCAGUGUGAACAAGGUCUAGCUAUUUGCCAUGCAUGGACCACCUUGGGAAACCACAGCACCAUCGUUUCCUUGCUCAUGGAAACCGCACACCUGUGCAGCCUACAGCAGUUGUGUGUUAUCCGGGGGCUUGAACUUAGCUAGCAGGCUAGGAAACACAGUGAACAUAAAUGUACUGUGAAUCGUUCCUGAUAAGUGAAUAAAACAUUGUGACCAAACAAUCAGCUUAUUCACUUAUCAGGAAUCGGCUGUUCUGCUAAUUCACUGUUUUUGUUUUUCAUUUCUGUUGUAGUUCACUAUUUUUGCUGUGUUCUGUUUUCUCCUCUCAUGCUUGGGCAAAAUCACUGGGAAUAUUAUCUUACAUGUGACCAUGAAACGUUUCUAUCGAGUGAAAUGAUAUCUUAACAAAAUCUAUGCACUUGCUAUCAGGAACACAAUACUGGAUGUGUCUUAUAUAUAUUGAACUAUAUAGUACUCGAUUUCUUAAAUAAAGCUUAAGAAAGGA